CGACAGUACCAAUCUUACAACUUAAUUCAUUGUUCUCGAUCUCGAUCAAAAUUAGAAGUUUAACUUCUUGUACAUUCCUUGAAUGUUACAUUUUUAAUGAAAUGUAGCAUUUUGAGAAGGGGUGUUGUAACAUCUCAACGUGAGCUGAUUUUCAACUGAAACCUUGCGCUGACGAUUGCAAGCAAAAGCAAGCAAGACUGCUGCCUGCCUGCCUGGUGGGCAGCGCAAACAAACGUCAUGUCGAGGGUCUUGUUGCCGUUGUUGCGAGUAGAUGUUUGGGUGCAUUUAUAUGUUUACUGUUGCUAAGUGAAAACAGAAAUUUGCUGAACUUUAGAUAAUUUUGUCGUCAGGGUGUGAGGUACCUUCUCUUCCGAGUAUCGCUUUAUUGGUCGAGCAAGACUGACUUGGUCGAGGGAGUGUGCACAUAACCAAGCAAAUCAUCAUGUAUUGCCUUCAAUGGUUGAUACCUGUUUUACUUAUCCCAAAGCCACUCAACCCGGCUCUUCUUAACACCCAUGUAAUGUUUAUGUUACUUUACAUGGUUAGCUUUUUCUUGGAGCGCAAACCUUGCUCCAUCUGCAGUCUCAUAUUUGUUGCAGCAGUAUUUUUGAUAUGCUACAGUGGCUUCGGUAACUGUAUACUCUGGAACAACAUUUGUGAUGUAAACCGUUGUGAGAAUGGAUGACUCAUAUAUGGACUGCAUGGCAGUGCAAUAUUACAUGCACUAAAUAUCACACUGAAGACGAACCACCUGGACUAGCAUUGGCUUCUGAUCAAUGACGUUUUGUUAUCAUUUUUAAAAAAAUUCUAUGUUCACUAGAAGAUUAAUUUUAGUAUUUAUUCAUUUUAGUGUUUUUUCUAUUGGCUUACAGCUGUAAGCAUUUGUUCAGCGUUUAGUAUUGAAAUGUAUCAUAUUGUUUCCAUUCUCGUCUAGUGACUCAUUGUUGAGUUGAGAUUGGAGAUGGUUAGGAAAUUUGUGUAAAUUUUCAUGUCUCAUAGGGUAUUUUACUCUCUGAAAAGUCCAUUCUUUAAUUCCAAAUUUUUUGUGUUAUGAAAUUGGAAUUUAAAGUGUGGUUCCUUUUCAUAAGGGUAUAGUUUUUUAUAAGUUUUGAAAUUCAGACACAUGUUCCCAAAACAAUUCUUGUCAUUUCUAUCUUAUUAAGGAUUCAUAUUAAUUAAUUUAAGGUUGUAGUUCUGAUUGUACUAAGUCAUUAAUCUUUGAUUUGUGCAAGUGCCACAUUGAUUUUAGAAUAAAUUAAUGAACUGAAUUUUCUAGAACUUUAAUCUUAGCGUCAGACAAGUGCUUGUAAAUAUAUUUUUUUGUAAAUUAUGUAACUGCACGUCUUUAAGAUCAUCCUGCUGGUCUAAAUAUCUAUAUCUAUCCACGCCCUUACAAAUUUGAUUUUCUUCCAUAUACUAUGUAUUUCAAUGAUUCUAUGACCUUUUGUCUUAAAUACAAUAUUUUCAGUUGACUUAUUGAUUGACAGAUAAUUCUUUAGUUUCCAUUGUAAGCCAAAAUGUUGGUAUAUUUUUCAGUUUUGUUCCUAUGAUAUGAGAAGUUUGUAAGGUCAUUUGUAGUAAUUUUUGUAAUAUAACAAGACUUUGCUCAAGUCUUCAAUAGACCUUAAAUCCCUUAUGGACUAAGAGCAUACAUAUCUGUAGUUGAUUUAGGCAUUGAAAUUAUUUAGUAGAGAACUUUUCCAAACCUGUCUUAAAGGGUUCUUAUUCUAGUGAGAAUUUUAUUGUCUGUAUUUUAGGUAGGACAUUAAAGGAUAUAAAAUUAUUGUUGACCUGCAUUGAACCUGCAAAUGAAAUUGUAACACUGGGAUUUGUGGUAUUUUGUUGAAGAGAUUGGAUUUUGCUCAAGGUUCACGUUUUCAUUAAUAGUUUACUCAAUUUUCUUUCUAAUGUGACUUAAAAGACAGACUUAAUUCUUCUAGUCCUUAACUCCUUUUAUGUCAUGUGCUUCCAGAAUUUUUAACCAAUGACUAAACUAUUUUUACCAACUCAGUCCUUCAAUGUCUUGUAUCUAUGUUAGUUGGUGAUUUAGGACAGUUGAACUGGUCCUUUUCUCUUUUUGCAUAUUAAAAGUCAUCACUGAGCAGAUCAAAAUGUGGUGACUGUUCUUUAGACUUAGUUCAGCUAAUUUAAAUUAUGAUAGAGUUGGGUCAUAGAAAACUCAAUUUUUUUGGGGAAAGAUAAUUUAGUCUCAUUGUUGACUGUUUAAGGCUGAAGCUCAAUCAAAAGCCCACAUGCAAAUAAAUUUCUAAUUUUUCUCUUUAUAAAAUAAGCCUUAAGUAAGCUUUGCUUUUUUUCCCAUCGUACACUGUUAUUCUAAUGCAUUAUAAAUCAGAUAUCUUUUAUGGGCUGUGAUUUUUGCUAUCCCAAAUUUUAAGCAGUGAUAAAUACAUAUAACUGAUAUGCUUGCUUUCCUUUGUACAUUCAUUUAAAAAAUAUUGAGUAACCGAAACGCCAUAGCAGGGCAAAAAAAAUUGUUAAUAAAAGUGUUUAAUUGCUGCGUAA